CCGUCCGCUGCUCUGCAGUGGCGGCGCGCUGGAGGCUGGCGUAAGAAGCUCGCGUGGCACAUCAGGCGGCUGGCGCCGAGGGGCUCCGAGAGAGCGCGGCUGAGAUAACCUAGCUGUGGUCCCCAGAUCCUGCAAUUUCACGGCCUCCUCCGUGCCUCUACUGUGAACCCCAAGACCCACACUUUAGCUCACCAUGGGGAACCACUUGACAGAGAUGGCGCCCACCGCCCCCUUCUUGCCCCACUUUCAGGCCCUGCACGUCGUGGUCAUCGGGCUGGACUCAGCUGGAAAGACCUCCCUCCUUUACCGUCUCAAGUUCAAGGAGUUUGUCCAGAGCGUUCCCACCAAAGGCUUCAACACAGAGAAGAUUCGGGUGCCCCUGGGGGGGUCCCGUGCCAUCACCUUCCAAGUGUGGGAUGUCGGUGGGCAGGAGAAGCUGCGACCGUUGUGGCGCUCCUACACACGGCGGACAGACGGGCUGGUGUUUGUGGUGGAUGCUGCGGAGGCCGAGCGGCUGGAGGAGGCCAAAGUGGAGCUACACCGAAUCAGCCGGGCCUCGGACAACCAGGGUGUGCCUGUGUUGGUGCUGGCCAACAAGCAGGAUCAGCCUGGGGCACUGAGUGCUGCCGAGGUGGAGAAGAGGCUGGCAGUCCGAGAGCUGGCUGCUGCCACGCUUACCCACGUGCAGGGCUGCAGCGCGGUGGAUGGGGUGGGUCUGCAGCCAGGCCUUGAGCGCCUUUAUGAAAUGAUCCUCAAGAGGAAGAAGGUGGCCCGGGCAAGCAAGAAGAGACGGUGACCGGAGGCUUCCCCUGCCUCACCAGCAGAGGUCUGACUGCACACUUGGACCGCCAGGCAGAGCCUGUGGCGCCUCACUCAGGACCUGUCCACCUCAGUGAAGGACCCAGGAGCGCACCUGGGGUCCUGUUUUGGGGAGGGGAAUGAGAGAUGGACGGUCUACUCCCAUUUCUCCCUCAUCCUCCCCUCUGGAGACAUGGGGGCUGCAGGACUGAGAAGGUUUUAGUGUAAAAUGUGACUCUACCUCGACCUUGUUUCUUGUUUUUCUUCGGCUUUUUGAUAGAUGUUUUUUGGGGCAAAGGAAAGUUGCUUGGAGAAUGCAUUUGGGAUGAAUGAGAACUCUCUGCCCUGUGCCCAUCCCACAACUGGGGAGUCCCCCCAGGCUGCUUUUCUAGGGAUGCCGAUCACAAUAGUCUUUAUUUUUGUGUUUGUGCGAGAGUGCCGAGAACCUCUUAACCACAUUUGUAGAUCACAGCCGUUUUAUAAGCCAUGUAUGUCCUCUGUAUUAAAUAUUUUUUAGCAUUUGUCUAUAAGUUAUUAAAGACUGAUGAUACAGUAGCUCUA